AUACUGAUAUAAUUCUUUCCGCUAUGAAGUGUUAUUUUAGUUUAAGGAAAUCAAAAUUCACAUAUUAUAAUAUAAAAUUAUUAGAACAUUUUUUCUUGAUUGCCUUUUUAACAAUCAUUGAAAUAAGGACUGGUGACGCACUCGUUUACACAGGACACUCAGCAUAUGGGUGUUUUGUAGCAAUUGCGGUGCCAUUGAAUAUUCCUCAUCAUAAUGCUUUUGUUUCGUAUAAUUUUGAAACGGCUUACGGCUUGCCUAAAACCCCGAAAGAACUGCUUCCAGAUUUUGCCGUUAAAGAGGAAGAAAAUGAAAAAUCAGAAGUAUUAAAAGAGGGCAGUCGAAAAAUUCCAAAGUCAGCAAGCAAUUCUUCACAAAAUAAUGAACCAAUAAAGGAGAACUCAAAAUCACUUAUAUCAAAACGAGCUAUUUAUCAGAUGUUUCAGGAUAAGUUGAAAAUAUCCGGGUUAAAAGGAGAAGCUUGUUUGCUUAAACUUGUCUGCGAAAUUAAUUCGUCCAAAUUUGGUGCUUAUAAUGGUGUUUUAGGAACAAUAUUACACAUUUUGAUAUCACCUAGUUCUUCAAAGUUCGAGAAUAUCCCAACAAAAUUUUACAAAGCUGAAUUAAAUGGCGCAGUCGGAAAUUGUUUAAGAUAUGAAAAAAAUUGCUCGUACAAUCUACUAGAUAUAUUUUCUAUUUCAAUAGAAGACUUCCUUAUCAAUGUUUUAAGUAAAUAAAAACUGAUGAAAAAUAAACAACAUUAUACCCAAAUGAUAACUACCACUAUACAUCAAAAAAUAUUUUAUUUAUUUUAUAGCAUUACACGAUUGAAUUGUAUGAAUGAUAAGUGAAUUUCUGUUAGGUCAAUUAAAAAUGGAAAUAAAGUGCAUUUCUGCAUGCUUUUUUGCCAUCUUAAA